GUCUCAGGCUUCCGGGUUGACUUGAAGAGGAGCCGGCGACAGCGGUUUUGGUGCUGUGCUGCCAUUGCUGCUGCAGGGAGCUGAGCGGAGAGCAUUCCCGAGCUGGGAAACCGCAACAUGAAGGCAGUGACCUAUGAUGAUGUGCACAUCGACUUCACUUGGGAAGAGUGGGCUUUGCUGGAUCCUUCUCAGAAGGAGCUCUACGAAGAUGUGAUGCUGGAGACCUACAGGAACCUCAGGAGUAUAGGUUACAGUUGGGAAGAUCAUAACAUUGAAGAAAAUUAUCAAAUUUCUAGAAGACAAAAGAGGAACUAUAGAAACCACACUGGAGAGAAACCUGAAUACACUCAAUGUGCUGAAGCCUUUGCAUAUGGCUGUCAUCUUCAAAAACGUGAAAAACCACAUACUAGAGAGAAACCCUAUAAAUGUAAUCAGUGUGGUAAAGCCUUUGCAUUUCGUAGUAAUCUUCAAAACCACGAAAGAACACAUACUGGAGAGAAACUGUAUGAAUGUAAUCUGUGUGGUAAAGCCUUUGCAUUUCCUAGUAAUCUUCAAAACCACAAAAGAACACAUACUGGAGAGAAACCCUAUAAAUGUAAUCAGUGUGGUAAAGCCUUUGCAUUUCGUAGUAAUCUUCAAAACCACGAAAGAACCCAUACUGGAGAGAAACUGUAUGAAUGUAAUCUGUGUGGUAAAGCCUAUGCAACUAAAUGUAAUCUUCAAAGUCAUGAAAGAACACAUCCUGGAAAGAAACCCUAUGAAUGCAAUCAGUGUGGUAAAGCCUUUACACGUCGCAAUUCUCUUAAAAUUCAUGAAAGAACACAUACUGGAGAAAAACCCUAUACAUGUAAUCUGUGUGGUAAAGUGUUUGAAGUUGAACAUACACUUAAAAUCCACAAUGAAAUACAUACUAAAGAAAAACCCUAUGACUGUAGUCUGUGUGGUAAAAGGUUUCUUUAUCACAGUCGUCUUCGAACGCAUGAAAGAACCCAUACUGGGGAGAAACCCCAUGAAUGUAAUCUGUGUGGUAAAGCCUUUACACGUCUUAGUCAUCUUCAGAGUCAUAAAAGAACACAUACUGGAGAGAAACCCUAUGAAUGUAGUCAGUGUGGUAAAGCCCUUUCUUGUCAAAGCUCUCUUCGAAGGCAUAAAAGAAUACAUACUGGAGAGAAACCCUAUGAAUGUAAUCUGUGUGGUAAAGCUUUUAGACAUCCUUCUUUUCUUCAACGUCAUGAAAGAACACAUACUGGAGAGAAACACUAUGAAUGUGAUCAGUGUGGUAGACCCUUUGCAUAUAAAUUUAAUCUUAAAAUUCAUAAGAGAAUACAUACUGGAGAGAAACCCCAUGAAUGUAAUCUCUGUGGUAAAGCUUUUUCACUUCCAUAUAGGCUUAAAGUCCAUAAAAGAACACAUAUUGGGAAAACACCCUAUGAGUGUAGUUUGUGUGGUAAAAGGUUUCAUUAUCACAGGCAUCUUCAAAUGCAUGAAGGAACCCAUAUUGGAAAGAAACCCUAUGAAUGUAAUCUGUGUGGUAAACCUUUUGGACGUCUUAGUCAUCUUCAGCGUCAUGAAAGAACACAUACUGGAGAGAAACCCUAUAAAUUUAAUCAGUGAGGUAAAGCCUUUUCUUGUCAAAGCUCUCUUCUAAAGCAUAAAAGAACACAUAACUGGAGAGAAACCGUAUGAGGAAAGAAGUGUGGUAAAGCCUUUGCAUGUCAUAGUUCUCUUCAAGAUCAUGAGGGAACACAUCCUGGAGAGAAAUCCCAUGAAUGUAAUCCAUGUGGUAAAGUCUUUGCAUGUCGAAGUGUUCUUGGAAUGCAUUAAAAAAAAAAAAACACACACACAGUGGAGCCAAAGCCUAUGAAUGUAAUGUCUUACAGUCUUUGCGAAUAACAGUCAUCUUCAAUGGCAUAAAAGAACAAAUACUGGAGAGAAACCCUCGGAAUGUUAUCAGUGUGGUAAAGCCUUUACACUCUUCUUCAAAUGCAUAAAAGGACUCAUACUUGAGUGAAACUCUGAAUGCAGUCAGUGUGGUGAAGCCUUUACUGAUCACAGUUAUAUUCAAAGGCAUAAACGAACUCAGUCUGGAGAAAAACUUUCUAAUCAAUGUGGUUAAUCCUUUAUAUCAUAAUAGUCAUCUUCAAAUGCGUAAAAGAACACAUACUUGAGAGAAAUCUUGUGCAGUCUUCAAAAUCAUGAGAAAAAGUCAUCCAAUUUUGAAACUCUAUAAAUGUCCUCAGUUUUAAAAAGUUUUUCAGCCAUAAAAUUUUUGUGUACAUUCAAUUUGAUAACGACUUUGCAUAUUAAAAUUGUCAUUGUUACCUAGAAAAGAUACUGAUGUCUUUUUAUUGUAAAGUAUUUGGUAAGAUCUUUAGCCAAUAUUCUUACUGUGCUGAUAUUUUGUUUGUGCUUCAACAUGUAAAGCAUACCUGAAGGCCAGAGUGCUGUGAUAGGCUUAGUUAGCCACAGAGCGCAGGCAGUGGGGACACACAUUUAAUUCAAGAUUAGUCAAGAGGCAGGGGCAGGUGGUUCUCUGUGAUUUCUAGGCCACUUUGGAUACACUAGAUUGACCGCUCUAAAAGAAAAACAGCAAGGCAGUUGUGGCUCACAUAUUUAAUAUUGGAAUUUGUAAACCAUGUGUCAUUAAUUCUAGCACUUGGGAGGUGGAGACAGGAUGGUAUAUGACUUGGCAGAGAGAAGAACAUAAGGCAGGAGGAGAAAGGAGAUCAGCCCAUUAAGACUGAGGAUUUGUAGAGACAGGGUCUUCCCCGCUUUGUUCUGAGGAUUUGGUAAAGGUAAAUAAUUUUCUCUGUGGC